CACCAUGCACGCACUUGUCGUAUUUAGUGGGAAACGGAAAUAGUGACAGUGACAGCCCUGUUUCAUCGGCAGAGCGAGCGAGCGAUCGGACGGAAUUAGUCAACGGCGUAUCGGCGUACGUACGGAUGACAAAUCCGUCGCGAUCUGUCCACGGUGCCCGAUUAUCGUUAUCGUAACGUACGUUGGACGUGAGUCUUCCUGCCCGGCGCAAUAAUGAUUUUGCUCGAGAUACACAAUAGGAUACUAGAGGAAACGUUAACGAACAAAAUCAAGAAUGCCUUGUCGGGACACAAGCAGGAGUCGACGGACGUCGUCAUAGCAGACUUUGACGGAGUGUUGUUUCAUAUUUCAAAUCUCAGCGGAGACAAGUCGAAGCUUAGAAUAAGUAUCCUGCUCAAAUUUUAUAAACAGUUACAAGAACAUGGUGCGGACGAGCUGCUCAAACGAGAAUACGGGUCUCACCUUAUUGCGCCAGAGAGUGGUUAUAAUGUAUCGGUAAUCAUAGACCUGGAGAAGUUACCAGAAGACUGGGAGGCAUUAGUGAGAAAAGUCGCGUUGCUGAAGAGGCAUUGCUUCGCCAGUGUUUUCGAGAAGUACUUUGACUUUCAGGAGGAAUACUUUGAUUCACCAGGCAGGCCGUUGCAAAAGAGGGCAGUUAUCCAGUACAGAGAUGAAGAGACAAUGUAUGUGGAGGCUAAGAGCGACAGAGUCACAGUAGUGUUCAGUACGAUAUUCAAGGAUGAGGACGACAUGGUUAUUGGCAAAUUGUUCCUUCAAGAAUUGAAAGAAGGCAGGCGGGCCAGCCAUACUGCGCCCCAAGUCUUGUUUAACCAUCGCGAGCCACCGUUGGAAUUGCAGGAUUCCGAAGCAGCCGUGGGAGAUUGCAUCGGCUAUAUUACAUUUGUGCUGUUCCCACGUCACACUAACCGGGAAUCUCGCGAUAACACUAUCGAUCUGAUACACAUGUUUAGAAACUAUUUGCACUACCACAUUAAGUGCAGUAAAGUUUACAUCCACUCCAGAAUGCGUACCAAGACGACGGAUUUCCUCAAGGUGCUCAACAGAGCGAGAUCUCAGUCUAAGAACACUGAGAAGAAGACUAUCACGGGACGAACAUUCAUCAGGAAAGAAUGAACAUGCUGGUGGGACAAAAGUGUUAUCACUUCUUAAAAAGAGAGGGAAAGACGGAGAGAGAGAGGAAAGGAGAACGAAACGGAUUGUCGCACGGAGUGCGGUCAGAAGGCGCCGACUGCCACGUGCAAGAUUUUCCACGUUGGCAUUCCUUGAUUCGCGCUAUCGGCAAGUCGAGUGCUUCGGACCUUUGAGUUUCAACCUGUUUAUUGAACAGUGCCCUACUUAGGAAAAAUUUAGCGUCGCGGUUUAAGUGGAUGAGAAGAGAAGUUGGUCGCAUUUCUUGUCUCAUCGUUGACUUACUCGCGCACGCAUCAAGCUGCCCGCACAGAGGGAGAGGAUACUCGAAGACACUGAGGAGUUACUGUACCUAUCUGUGUACCAAUACGGUAAUCGCUCGAGUAUCGGUCGUUACAAAAAUUCUCGUCGGUCUCUUCACAGUGUUUCUAGGAUUCAACGAUGGGUAGCGCUGAAACUUGGAAGGAGAAAGGUUUCACGGAUUCGGUUACUUACUACUACUACUACUACUAUUACUACUACGCUGGUUGUUACCUCGAACGAUUUAUCAUACGUUACGGCAUCCUCCCAAUUACGUCCGGCUACUCCGUGUACGAGUGCAUGAAAAACGCGUAUUAGUGUUACGGCGAUCGGCGCACCGCUGCGAGAUAUCUGCGAUACCUACAGCGGACAAGCAUGAGAUACACACAUUUAAAAGAUACGUAGAACGUUCAAUUAACUAUCGAGCUGUCGAGUCUGUGAUUUCAUCCCGUUGCGAAAUUUCCUCGGAGCAGCGUUGUGCGAGCGGUACCGACAUAAACCGGAAGCUGACAGAGAGAGAGAGAGAGAGAGAGAGAAAGAGAGAGAGAGAUAAUGAUUAUAACAUGACACUCUUACUUUCCACAUAGCAUUUCUCGUAACGACGAACGGGUCGCCGAGCGAGCGAGGUAUUGUUAAAGAAUAGCGCUCGAUUGUUUCUUCCUUCAAUAUUUUUAUCGUCUCUAUCUUUAUCGCUAUACACACACUUUUGGCUAUUGUGAGAUAAUAAAAACGGCAUUAACAAUCCA